GUCCUUAAAAGUAGUGAGGUCAGAUUGUCGUGUGGUGUAUAUAUAAAAGAAUGAUGUGGUAACCCUAAAAACCUCUCUCGGUUAUUGUUGUCGUUGCCUGCUAUCUUCCGCCGUCUCUUGAGAUUCUUGCGAAGAUGGUUCUUCAAAACGAUAUCGAUCUUCUUAACCCACCAGCUGAGCUUGAGAAGAGGAAGCACAAGCUCAAGCGUCUCGUUCAAUCUCCCAACUCAUUUUUCAUGGAUGUGAAAUGCCAAGGCUGCUUCAACAUCACUACUGUGUUCAGUCACUCGCAGACCGUUGUUGUAUGCGGAAACUGCCAGACAGUUCUGUGCCAGCCUACAGGAGGAAAAGCUAGGCUCACCGAAGGAUGCUCUUUCAGGAAGAAGUGAGAUUGAUUUGAAGCUUGAAUCGAUCAAGACCAGUUUCUUUUUUUUUUUAUGUUUUUUUUGUUUUGAUGUUAUGUUGCAUACCUGUUCUGAAAAGCAACUCGUUGGAGUUUUAGAGGAAGAAACCUUUGUUGAUUUUGGAUUUUAAGCUUGGUUAUUACCAUUUUAAAGUUUCUUUA